AUGUUAGCUCCUCAAUAUAUUUUAAGUAAAUUUCAGGAAUUCUUAGAAACAUAGCUAGAAAAUAAACCAAACAAAAAUGAAGUAAUAAAGAAAUUAAGAGACUUUAAUAGAUAUUUUGCUGCAAAUAAUUAUAACAUUAACAAAGGGUUUGAAUAUUUUUAGAACAAUUAAAACAAUAUGCAAUAAUUAAUGCCUAUACCAAAAAUAAUUAUUGAUAAGCUUUAAAUACCAGAAACCACAAUGUAACUAACUGGACAAGGUUUGUAGGGUUUAUAUUAUGCGAUUUUGAUUGGAUUGCAAAAUAAGAAAGGAUAAUUUAUUGCUGAUGGAACAGCUUAUUAACAAUUAAAUUAACUGAUUAAAACAAAUUAAAUUAAUUAAACUAUAGGAUUAUGGUGUUUUACAGAAAUAGCAACAGUUUUAUUGAAAAAUAGUAUAAAUCUAAAUUUAAGUAACCAUUUGCUUGAGAAUGGUAUAUAAAUUGGAGAUUAGAUUGAUGUAAAAAAUUUGUCUAUUGGACAAAGUGCGCUGUUAGUUGAUAAUCUUAAAUAUGUUAUAAAUGUUGAUAUACAAUAAAUACUUUAUUACAAACCAAAUAAAACAUUACAUAGAUUGGUAUUACUAAAUUCUAGUCUUCCUAAUUGUAUAAAGAUAAUGAUAGAAAAUGAUAUUUACUAAGAUGUCUUAUUGUUUUCUUUAUUCUAAGAAGAGUAAAGAAAUUAAUAGUUGAUAAAUUAAUAAAAAUAUUCUCAACAGCAAUAUUAUUCUCAAUAAUAAUAAUAAUAUAUUUCAUAAUAGAAUACAAAAUCAUUGUCUCUUUAGUAAUAAGUGAAGUUGCUUUUGGAAGAGAUGAAUUAAUAGACAGAAACACUUAUUGAUUAAAAUUAAUUAAAGACUUUAUCUGAAUAUAAAUCGUAGUAAUUUGUUAAGUAAAUGAAGAAUUAAAUAUUAUCAGAAGAGAAGAAAAAGUGUUUAAAAUGUUAGUAGGAAUUUAGCAGCGAUGUUGGAAGCAUAGCAGGAUAAAUUACAAGUUUUUGUAUGAAAUGUUUUAAAGAAUUUUCAAUUUGA